UUCCUUUCUCAAUUUAAACCCCACAAACUUCAACCAACAUCUUCAUCAGUCAUCACACACCCAACAACAAAAUCAAGAACAAGAGAGAGAAGAAGAAUCAACAAGAUCCGAUCAAUACCAUCUUCAAUGGAACAACAACAGAAGAAUGCGAUCAACAUGUCUCCAAAGAACUCACGUACUGAAGAAACAGAGAAGAGAGUAGGAACCGCCGCCGGAGGAGGAGAGAGGUUGAAGAGACAUCGGAUGGAGGUUGCGGGUCGGGUUUGGAUACCGGAAACAUGGGGUCAAGAGGAAUCACUCAAGGACUGGAUAGAUUGUACCACUUUUGAUGCGGCUUUAGCCAACAGUAGAAUCAUGUCGGCUCGGGCGGCUUUGAUUAAUGAUGCUAGAUUAAGGUCUUCAUCUAAUGCUGCUGUUGGAUUAAGGAUUACUAACACUUGUUAAUCAUCCUCCCUUCUCUUUUUUACUACUAUAGUUUAUUUUUACUACAUUUUGUAAUUUUAACAUGGAUGGUGUUACUCGGGUAUAUUUAUUGAGAUCAAAUAAACAAUUGAUUCAUAUCU